CGCGCACGCGCGCGCGGAGGGGGCGACGGCUGCGGUGACGCUGCGGCGGUGGCGGCGGCGGCGCGUGAGGCGCGAGACUCCCCGCGUCUUGGGAUCAGUGUCCUGGCCCCCGCCGCCGCCAUGUCGGGCCGGUCGGUUCGAGCCGAGACCCGCAGCCGGGCCAAGGACGACAUCAAGAAGGUGAUGGCGGCCAUCGAGAAAGUGCGGAAAUGGGAGAAAAAGUGGGUGACUGUGGGUGACACAUCCCUUCGGAUAUUUAAAUGGGUUCCUGUGACAGAUAGUAAGGAGAAAGAAAAGUCAAAAUCCAACAGCUCAGCAACCCGGGAACCUAAUGGCUUUCCCUCUGAAGCCUCCACCAAUCGCUCUCUCCUCCUUGAAUUCCAGGAUGAGAACAGCAACCAGAGCUCGGUGUCAGAUGCCUAUCAGCUUAAAGUGGACAGCAGCACCAACUCCAGCCCCAGCCCACAGCCCAGCGAGUCCUUGAGCCCAGCCCACACCUCUGACUUCCGCACUGAUGACUCCCAGCCCCCCACGCUGGGCCAGGAAACCCUGGAGGACCCCUCCCUGCCGGCCUCAGAAGUUGCUGAUGAGCCCCCCACCCUCACUAAGGAAGAGCCAGUCCCUCUGGAAACACAGAUGGCAGAGGAAGAGGAGGACUCAGGAGCCCCACCUCUGAAGCGCUUUUGUGUGGACCAGCCCACCCUGCCACAGCCCGAGCCCCAGAGCACAUCAGAGAGCUAGCACCUUGUGCUCCUGUGCCUCCUGCCCACCUCUGUUUAUUGCAUUCUGGUCCUAGCCGAGCCGCUGCUGGGCCAGGCAAGCACUGCGGUGCAGAGCCCGCAUGGGCAGCCUUCUAGGAGGCCUUGGGGUUGUAGCAUCAUCUUCCCAUCCCUGGCACCUGUCUGCUUGCUUCUGAGAAGAGGAACCCCAGGGGCUCUUUUGCACUCCAAGUAGGCUGGAGCACCAGCCACUCCCAUCCAUCUGUCACCUCCAAAGGAGUACCCCUGUGGACUGAGGCCCCUCUACCUCAGUGGAAGAGGAAGGUACCUCUAGAGCAGAGCGCGCCCCAGGUUACUUGAAGGUGAAUGGAGACUUCCAGCAGGGCCGUGGACCUGUUGCUGUUGAGGGACUGGUGGAGACCAGGGAGGUGAGGGCAAGGCCCCUCAUCCUUGGCGGAGGUUCAAGGCCCAUGUAGAUUUCCUGUGCUCAGGCCUCCUGCCUGAGCCUGAGUGGCCCUGCCUCUCAGGCCCCUAGCUGCUGACUGUCUGUGCCUGCCAAAACUGCUGGACCCCCCCCCCCCCAACACAAACGCAAACACACUCACAUUUGACCACACCGUGCACUUCAUUCCAGCCACCCCCCUCCCUCUGUGCUGUACCCCAAGAUUGAUGGAUAGGAGGUUCUGACCACAGUACCUGCCUCACAGUACUCCCUCAGCUCAUACUUUCUAGAGUUCCUUUUCUUUGAAAUCUGCAUGCUUAAUUGAACUUGAUUUUAUUUUUUGUUUUAAAAAAGCUUAAAAAUGGAAAUGGGCAUCAGUGAGUGAAGACUUAUUUUAGCACUGAAUAGAAUAUUUUUUAAAUUAAACUAUUUGAAAUAUG